AUGGAUGCACUUGAGAGGUUUUUGUUCUCCUUCAAGUCUAAUCUUGAUUGUAGAAGAGUGUUGAGGAGUUCUCCUUGGACUUUUGAUAAGGCCCUGUUGUUGCUUAAGGCAAUAGAUAGUUGUGUUGAUCCAAGGACAAUUACUUUGGAUACCCAUAACUUUUGGGUAAGGGUUAGGCGUAUUCCCCUCUUGUUUCUGACUCCAGCAAUGGGUGAAAAAUUGGGCAACUACCUUGGAUCUUUCAUCAUGGUGGAUCACAAAUUGAAUAUGGAUUGUUUGGGUAGUUUCUUGCGCAUCAUGGUAGGGUUGAAGAUAUCGGAGCCCCUGAAGCGUAGUGUUACGCUUCGUUUAGCACUUGAUGAAUCGGUAAAGCUGUACGAGAUAGAGUAUGAACGGCUGCCUUAUUUUUGUCUGUAUUGUGGUAGAUUUGACCAUGUUGGUGAACAGUUUGACAAGGAACCGGGUUGGAUUAGGGGGGACGAGACACAGUUAGAAAAUUAUGCUUCAAGGUGGUAG